CCACCCCAAGGCUUUAACCUUCCAUUUCGGGUGAAGGAACGUGUUCUUCCUCUUCCUCCUCCUCGCUACAGAGGGGGGCGCGCGCGUGUACGUGUUCGCUCGCUCUCCAACGGGGUCUCCCGCCCCAAAGGCUUAACUGCUGCGCUCUUGGGCCGCCGCCGCCAUUUUGUCCCUCCCGCUUCACCAGCUGCCUGAGCGCCGAAUCGAGCGGCUGUCUUCGCUGGGAAGAUGGCGUGGCCCAGCUCUGGGAGAGGCCACCGCUUCUUCCUUCGGAAUCCCCAGAACCUCACAGGCCGGAGGAAGCGGCUGGGCCACAUGGGCCAGAAGCGCUGAGGUACGGAUUCAGCCCAGCCAGCAUGGAGCCGAGAAGGGAGCAGGCCACUCCUCGCCUCGGGGCGCGCCCGACCUCGUUGCCGCAACCCCAGGCCGACGCCCCGUUUUCGUUGCUGCGGCUCAUUUUGCAGAUGUUCCAGCGCUUCUUGCCUAGCCCGGUCGCCCCCCUCUUCUGGCUUCAGUCCGAGGCCCACACCGCCGGCCCAGAGCCCUCCGUGCCAGUGUGGGGGGCACACGGCCUGGCUCCGCUUCUUGCCGUCCAGCACCAGCUGCGCCUGGUCUCCUCCUCCUCCUACGUGCUAGGCGGCGUCGACAAGAGCUCGCUGCCCGGAGCCCUGAGUGAUACUUGGGAGGAGCUGUCCGAAGCCCCGGGUUUUCGCUCCAAGUUCCCGGGGAUCCUGCAGCCGGUGCAUCUGCUGGAGGGCAAAACUACUCUUGACGUGCCGGAUCCCGAUUACGGCUACCAUAGCUUGGAGGUGGAGGAGCAACAGCGCGACUCCUGGGCUCCAAGAGAGAGGCCGCAGUGUUGUGAGGAAGAGCACCGAGACGCGGGGAUCACACACGGGCCUCAUGACACGGGAAAGCCCUGUGAGGAGGGAGCUGCGGAGGUCAAACCCGACCCCGGUGAGGACUCGGAUCUAGAGCAAGACCUGCCCGUGGAGGCCAGACCUGCGUGUACGAACAAGCUGAUAGAUUACAUCCUGGGGGGCGCUUGCAGCGGGGAGGAAAGUGCAGGGGAGGAGGAAGAUUGCUAUGGGGAUGAUGAUGAUGAUGGAUUUGACAGUGAAGGCUCCCUUUCAGAGUCAGAUACGGCCAGCCAGGAUGGGGAAAGCGUUCACUUGUGGAACUCCUUUUGUAGCCUAGAUCCUUACGACCCUCGGAAUUUCACAGCAGCUGUUCAAACUUCUAGGAGUGCACCUGAGAAAGGACCUCCCAGUGAGUCAAAUGAGGCAGAGGUGGUAGAGGAUUCUUCCUCGUGGACUGAAAGUUCCUGUGAGGAAGAUGAAUGGGAAUCUAGUAGCAUAGAUGAAUCAGAAAACUUGAAAUUGUGGAACUCUUUCUGUAACUUGGAGGAUCCUUAUAACCCUUUCAACUUCAAGGCACAGUUUCAGACUGCAGAAAAGGGGAAAUGUGACUUAAAAGGACCAACGCGGCUAGGCCUUGGCUCCUCUCAACAUAGUAUCUUUCUUAGCUGUCAGGUGCACCUGUUUGGUAACCAAAAUUCCGAGGUUACAGAAAAUGUGAAAUAUGGCAUCCUUUCUAGAGAAAAGUGUAAGAAGAAGAAAAAGGUGACCUUCCUUGAAGAAGUGACUGAGUAUUAUGUAAGCAGUGAGGAAGAUCGCAAAGGACCCUGGGAAGAAUUUGCACGCGAUGGGUGCCGGUUCCAUAAACGAAUUCAAGAAACCGAAGAUGCUAUUGGAUAUUGCUUAACAAUAGAGCACAGGCAGCGAAUAUUUAAUAGACUUCAGGAAAAUGUGUUAUGAAAGGCAUUGAUAUUUUCUAGCACCUUAAUAAAAUAUAAAAUUAAAAGGUAACACAUUUUAAUGUCACCUAUGAGCAUCUUACCAGAGAUCUUUCUAUUAAAAAUGGCAGCUGCCUAUAAUGAGCUAAAACUAGAGAAUAGGAGUAAUUUUAAUACUGUAUCUCAAUACUCUGCCAACAAAUAUGCUGCAUGUAUCUGGAUGCAGUGUUGAACUAACUCCAUUGUGUAUCCAGCAUGAUUAGUGCAUAACUUUCCUUCAAAAGCCAAGUGUAUCUAUUUUUUUCAGAAGCCAAUCCAGACAAUGCCUUGUGUAUGUGUGUGUGCGCGUGUGUGUUCAUGCUCUGUCUCACUCACAUCUCUAUAUGAGCAAAGACAGGCAAAUAUGAGUGGAAUUUUGCACUUUUUAAAAGGGAAAAAUAUUUUGAAAGUAUAUUUAUUGGGUUUGGAACCCCAAAAUGCAGUUCUGGUUUAAAGUUUGUAAAUUGCAUCUGUUCUCUCUCUUGAAUCUGUGCAUAAUAGAACAUUGAAAUGUUCUAAUCUGAUAGCUGAAAUUAACUUUUCUUUUCAUUUUCCUUAUCGAAUCUAACAUCCACACUUUAAAUAGGUAUUUCUCUUACUAUCUGUAAUGUCAAAAAAAGAGACUACAAUUGUAAAGGCCUUGUUACAUCUUUGGUUUUAAAGGAUUUCCUUUUCCCAAGUUUAAAAAACUCCUAUUGUAUUAUGCUUUUUAUUAUUAUUGCAGUAGGAUGCAAUAAUUUUUUUAUGGCUGUGCACCGCCUUGGGCCAAAUCUGAGCUGAGGCAGGCUAAUUCAGCUUGCCUUGACCCAGAUCCUAGGUGGUAUUGGGUCGUACCAAGGCACCCUGAGGCUGGAGUAAAUUGAUACCGAAGCCUUAGUGUGCCUCAGACCAAUUUGGGACAGUGCCGGGCCGCUCCUGCUCACCCGGCCAGGUUGGCAGGCGCAAGGCUGGCUGUGAGUCCAGAUGAGUCAAUUAGACUCACUGGACUCCCCUCUCCCUCCCUGGACACCUGCUGCCCGCCAGCAGGACUUACCUUCAUGUGCCUUUAAAUUGCUGAGCUGUGAUUUAAAGUAAAGAUUGUGGGGGCUCUCUUUUUUAAAUAGCUCUGUGGCCAUAAAGGGCCAUUUUACUUAGUUUGUGGCCAUAGAGCUUUUUUAAAAAAGUCAGUCCCCACAAUCUUAACCUUAAAUCACUGCUCAGCUCUCAGGGAAGAGGACGCACAUGCAGGUAAGUCGUGGUGGUGGUGGUGGUUCCAGGUUUGGGGGGAGUGAGUGAGUUACGGAGGCCUUGCCUCCAGCUUUCUUGGGUUGACUGCCUGCCCCCCCCCCCAAAAAAAAAAAUUCCUCACUUCAUUACUGAGGCGGGCCCGAGUCAAAUUGGGGCUGUUUCGGAGCUGCUCAUGAAACAGCCGGCUAGGCAGAGGCUGUGCACAGCUCUUCUAAAUUGCAAAUUGCAGCAUACUGGUAUUUUAAGGGCAGCAGUAUGGUCUUAAACUGUCAAGGCAGUUCUAAGGAUGGAUUACUGGAAUUCUACAGCAGUUCUCUAUGUUCUUUUUAUUCUUUAUAAGGUACCUAUAAUCAGCUGAGCAUUGUGGAAAGAAACAUAAAUUGAUUUAAUUGCAGCCUGCUCCACUUUGUAGAUAUAUCAAAACUCACGGGAAAUUGUUAAAUUUUAUUGUUUCAAGGUUUGUAAUAUCAAUUAUGAUGUUUACCAGAAAUCAGUAUUAAUAUCAUUGUUCGCAGAGCAACAAAAUUAUUUCUAAAAAUAAUUCUGUAGUUAAUACAACGCAUUCCAAAUCAUAAUGCUGUGUAGUUGGUCAAAAUACAUGUUUGAAUUACCAAGAGCAUUAUUUAAAGCUUGUUGUUUCACUUCCAAACAAUGACUUAUAUAGCUUAGGUAAGCAAUUAUAAAUAGCCUAAUGUCCAGAGCUAUUAAAGUAAAUGCAGUGAUUCAUAACUGUUUUAUUCAGUUUCACAUAUGUGUGCUUCUGAAGCAAGCAGGGGUAACAAUAAUAUUGAUUGGUUCAGUAUGUUGCUCUCUGUAGUAUGACAGGACAGUUAUUAUCUUUCUGUUUUAAAGCCACAACAAUACCAUGUGUGAACAAGAGUCAACCAUAUAUACUCUGUGUUUUUUUGUCCUGGUAAAUUCUAGUAAGUAGUCAGCAAAAAUCCCAAGUUGUGUAAAAUAUAUGCAUGCAUGGAAGGAGGGAUGUCCAUCACAUAAUUGAGUGCUCUUGACUAGUUAGGCUAUAGAGAGCUUAUUCAUGGAAUGCUUUAUUUUAGUUCAUGAUCUGGGUACUCUUGAAACAUCGUGAUAGUCUGAUGUGCACUGCUGUAGAACUUCAUUGAUCCUUUGGGAGCUGUACUAAGGCUGCAACCCUGUGUACAUACUUGGGAAUGUCACAUUUGAAUUCAGUGGGGCUUGGCUUCUAAUUAAGCGCACAUAAGAUUAGGCCACAGAAAUUAUACUGAGAAUAAAAUAUCUUUCCACUUUGAUACUGUUUUAAGUAUUGUCUCUUACUAGUCACCUGCAGAUUAUUGAGUGGAAAACAGAUUCUGUUUCUCAGCUUGGAGCCAUAAAAAAAACCAAGACAGCAGACUUGCUGCAAUAGAAUUAAUUCUUUUUCAAAAAAUCUUCCUCUUUUUAUAAAAAUACUUAAUGGUGCUACAUGCAGCAAUGAAGGAUGUCUCUUCAGCUUCACUUGAGUAAUGAGUCAUGAAAACCUACUUCUAAAACUUUAAAUCAAAACCGCAAUUAUCAGAAUUUUAUUUUUAUAUCAUUUUAGAAAGGCAAAGGUAGAGCCAUACAACCUUUCACUUUAUACCGAUUUAAAUGGAUUUGAUUGUUAUCUCAUUGGGGUUUUAUAUUUAAAGUUAUAUUUCUGUAUAUAAUAAAACAGUUUAAAACUAAUCUAUAGAAUGUAAUAAAGAAAUUUUGCAAGUUGCUUUCAAA